AUGUUACUUAUAAAUCAUUAUCAGUAUUAUAUUCCAUUUAAUUUAAUUAUUUAUAUUCAAUUCAUUUAUAAUAUAAAUUGUCAUUUAUCUAAUUUAUCCCAAUUCAAAGAAUUAUAUUAUUCUAUUAAUGAAGAAUCAGAAAUUGGUUCCUAUAUAGGUAAUAUUAAAUUAGAUUUUGAAAAGAAAUUUUUUAUGAAUAUUAACAAUGAAAAUCAUUUAGGUAUAUUUGAAUUAUAUGAUGAUACAAAUCAAAAUUUAUUUCGUAUUGAUGAAUACAAUGGGAAAUUAUUUGUUGCAUCACGUAUUGAUCGGGAAACAUUAUGUCCACAACCUGAAGAAUUUAAUGAAUUAUUAACUCAUAAUGAUAAUAAUCAAUAUUUGAUGGCAUCAUCAUCAUCAUCAUCGUCGUCGUCGUCGUCGUCACCUAAACUUAUGGAUAGUACAUUCAAUGAAAUUACAACAAAUGAAUGUCAAAUUCAUUUAACCGUAUGUAUAUCACGUAUACAUUGGAUUAAUAUUAUUAUUAUUAUACAUGAUAUUAAUGAUCAUACACCGUAUUUUCCAUUCACUUCUACAUCGAAUCAAAAUAUAACAGAAAAAUCUAUAUAUAUUGUGAAUGUCUCUGAAUCUGUUAAUAUUGGUUAUGAAAUACCAUUAAUUCUUGCUAAAGAUCCAGAUAAAGGUAUUAAUUCUAUUCAAUCUUAUACACUACGUGGUAAUGAUUUUCAAUCAUCGCUAUUUUCAUUAUCCUAUAAACCACCAUAUCAUUUAAAUCUUAUUAUAUUAGGUGAAUUAGAUGCAGAACUGAAGAAUAAUUAUACUGGUGAAUUGAUUGUAUGUGAUGGUGGACAAAUUAUUCCAAAAUGUUUUCAUCAACCAUUUCAAUUACAUAUUACUGAUGUGAAUGAUAAUAAACCAAUAUUUAAUCAAUCCAUUUAUGAUAUUGAAAUUUUCGAGAAUAUUCCAAUGAAUUCAACAAUCAUUAAAUUAAAUGCAACGGAUGCAGAUUCUAAUCAAAAUAGUAAAUUAUUAUAUAAAUUUGGUCGACCAUUAAGUCAAUCAUCAUUAGACCAUUUCAGAAUUGAUAAUAAUACUGGUGAAAUCUAUUUAAAAACACCAUUGAAUGCUAAAGAAAAUACUGGAUUUAUUUUACCAAUUAUAGUACAAGAUAGUGGUAUAUUACCAUUAAUUGGUCAAACAGUAGUUCGUAUCACUGUUAAAGAUACUAAUGAUCAUGAUCCAUGGAUUGAAAUCCGAUCAACACAAGAGGGUAAUUUACAUAAGACAUCAGUUGAUAAUAAUAAUAAUAAUAAUAAUAAUAAUAAUAAUAAUAUAAGUAAAGUUAAUUAUAGUGAUCAUGAAGCUCAUUUAUCAAUAAGUGAAAAUCAACCAGCUGGGACGGAUAUUGGUUUAAUUAUUUCUGGUGAUGAUGAUAUUGGUGAAAAUAGUAUAGUAUCAUGUAGUCUAAAAUCUAAAACUCAAGAUUUUAAACUUGAACACGCUAAUUCAGCUAAAGGACGAGAAAUCUACCGUCUAAGUACAACUAAAUCAUUUGAUCGUGAAACUGUGAUAGAUGGGAUUAUUAAGAUUGUUAUCACAUGUCAAGAUAAUGGUAAACCAAGUCGAACAAGUGAACAAACGAUCUUAAUAAAUAUAUUGGAUUUAAAUGAAUAUAGACCAACGUUUACUCAAGAAAAUCGAGUUAUCCAUCACAUUAUGCCGGAGAACCAACCAAUAGACACUGUUUUAUUACAAGUUCACGCCAGUGAUGCAGAUUCUACUCCAGAAAUACAAUAUCAUAUAUCAAGUGAAGCGCAAUCAUAUUUUUACAUAGAUCCUGACACUGGUGUGAUAACUACAAGAGCUAUAUUAGACAGAGAAACUAUGCCUCAGAUUCGAUUUCUUGUCUAUGCCACUGACAACUAUUCAUCUGAAACAGUUCAAGGCAAUCAUGUAGCUGUUGCAAAUUUUACUGUUCACCUAACUGAUAAAAAUGAUAACAGUCCAGAACUCAUCGGUAGUAAAUCUUUUCAAAUAGUCGAAAAUCGUCCUGGUUUCUCUGACUUAGUUGGUCAACUCACUUCGAUUGAUCAAGAUGAUGGAAAUAAUGGAACAGUACACUAUAAAUUGAUAUCAGCCAGUGAUAGUAAAAAUAAUCGAAUCCCUAAUGAAUUGUUUAUGAUUAAUAGUGAUACUGGAAAAAUAUUCGCUACAAAGAAACUUGACAGAGAAGAAAAUAGUCAAUACGAAUUGGUUAUCUUAUUACAUGACCUUGGAACACCAAUUCAACGUAGUUCAACAGCAUCUGUCAUUGUUAAUGUAUUAGAUGAAAAUGAUAAUAUUCCACAGUGGGAAGAAAUCAUCCAAGCUCCUGAAUUCGCAUCACCUCAACAAAUUAACAUUCUCAAACGACCACAUAUGAUCGGUUUAAGUAAAGUAACAGAAUUAGGAAUGAUGAAUAUAACUACACCAAUUUAUCGAGGACAACAAAUCCUUAUUUUAUCGGCUAAAGAUCCUGAUGAUGCACAUAAUGCAAAUUUAACAUUUCAGCUAAUUAGAGUUCACUUUCUUAAGAGUGAUUAUAUACAAAGUGAAGAUAAAGUUUUAUAUAACAAUAAAAUUCACUCUACAAAUUCUUACACCACAUCAUCAGUGAAUUCACCAUAUUUUGUGGUAGUUACUAAAACCGGUGAAUUAAUUGCUGGUCCUGGUCAAAAAGGUAUUGGAUUAACUGAUAGUGGAAUAUAUGAAUUAUAUCUACGUGUAUGUGAUAAUGGAAAUCCUCCCUUAGAUUCAAAUGCACGUUUAUUUCUACAAGCGCAUCAAUCAUUAAAUUCAGCUUUUGAUGAUAAAUUUGGUGAAAAAGGCUUUCUAGGAUAUUUAUUGACAAAUGGUCAUUUAGGUAUUAUGUUAGUUAUAAUUCUAUUAUUAAUUAUGUGCCUUACAUCAGUUUGCCUUAUUAUUGUAUUCAUUUCAAUCCGACGAAGAUCAAGUCGUCAACAACAACGUCAAGCUAAUCGAAAAUUGUUAAAAUAUGAUAAAAACUCUUAUCCACUACAUUUGAAUGGUGAAUUAAUUGUUGAAGAAAAUAUCAAUUCAGGCGGUACAAUUAGUAAUUAUGGUAAAUUGUACCAUUCACCUAUUAUAAAUACAAUAUGUCCUGUAGAUGGUGAAAGUUUAUACAAAUGGAACCCAGAAUGUGGUUAUACGAUGGGAAAUUUCGGUCCACCACCGAUUUAUAAUUUUUGUGCAUUGAAUACAACAAUGGAUAGAAUGCGAUCUAGUCAUACUGAUAGUGAUAAAAGCAGUUCAGCAUUAAUGUCAACUGAAUUCCCAUGUUCGAUUAAUCAUUAUUGUGAAGAAAGACCAAUGAUGAAUGGAGAACAAACAAUUAAUUAUGGAUUUACAUCUCCACUUAGAACAAUACCAAAAUCUGAUGGAUUAGGAUUUAAAAAUCCCAGUAGUUAUACUGAAACAUGUUUGAUUCCUAAAACGAUACAAUCAGAACUGAAUUGUUUCGUUUAAAAUAUACACGUCCUUAUAAUUCAAAAGAACUUUUACUAACCAAAACACAAUGUAGUCCAAUAUCAUCAUCUAAUGGUUGCCUGAUUGAUAGUCCUAUAAAUAAAAAUGAGAAUCAUUGUUCUAUAAAUGAAUCAAAUCUUUGUACACAGACUAAUUUACCUACUAUGAAUACAUUUACAAAUCAUCGAUCAUCAUUAAAUAAACAAUUUAUUUAUGCAGUACAUAAUAGUAAUUCAAUUAAUUCACAUCGUCAAUCAUUAGUUUCAAAUGAUAUAUUACAACCUAGAUGGCGUAAACCAUUAUUUAGUAAUACUGAUUUAGGGCAUCAUAAUCAUUUAUUUGAUGAAUUUCCAUUAACAAAAAUAUCAACUAAGAACCAUUCAUUAACACUUCCAUUAAACAAUAAACCAUCCGAUGAUUUUGAACAAAAUCAUUCAACAAAUCCUCAUAUUGAUCUAACUAAAUGA